UAUUUAGCCGUACGUGAGGAUCGAAUGCGCGGAGGUCGCAACAAGCUAGGAGUCUAUUACAAACAGGACAGAGCUGCACGUUCCAAAAUCUUGCAGCAAAGCACUACACGUAGUUCAUCUACUAACAACCCGCAAAAUCCCCACCAACAACAAUUAAUGAUUUAUGCUAAUGGUCUGAAUUUCUAUGAAAACAAUAAUUCAAAUAAUGAGACUACAGUAACCCGCCCAAACCCUUAUGGAAAUGAAACAUUUUCUGGUGGGGUUAAAGCAAAGAGAGCUAAAAGGGAGGUUGCUUCAACAUAUGGAAAUUCGGGGUAA